AUGUCUUUAGAGUCAAGCUCAUACAUAUUCCACCAUGUCUUCCUUCCUCCUCGGACCCCGCAGGAAGAUGAUCAUAAUUUUGAGCACGAGCGGUUCCUUCUGGACACUGUUAUUGAAGCCCUGAGUAGGUUUCGGAACUUUUUCCCGACCGACCAAUGUGGUAUUUUCAAUGAGAUCAUCACAAUGACCAUUCGUCUGAGACCUACCUGUGCUCUAGACGGCGAUGGGAGUGAGAUCGAAGUUACUCAGCUCCUGUAUGAUUUGAAAGAUAAAGGUGGUUUCUUACCUAUCUUUGUCCGAGAACAAAAUGCGGGGAUUUUUCUGAGUAAAUACGACAAUAAGAUUCAAGUGGAGUCUUUUGAACUAUCGCCCCGCAACGAAUCUGUGACGAGCACUGUGGGACGUCUUGUUCGUGGUUUUCCUGGUCCAGCGAUGACAUUGGAUUUGGCAGCUUUCAAUGAGCCAGGCCUACUGGAAACACUCUCCCAGACACUUGUACGCAUGGGCCACCAACCUGCUGCAGAUACGAAACCCAAAGUAAGCAAGGCCCAACAAGAGCACGACGAGGACAGAGACACCACCCAUCCCAUGAUGGUCACGGAAUUGCUUAUGUCGACACUUCGUCCACUAUCUGCGGAUGCCAAAGCCACUCAAAUCCGGAAGAAUACUCGCGAAGAAGUCAUGUGGCGUGACAGUCGAUCGCCCUGGAGACGAUCCGCGUUAUGGCUCUUUGUGAGGGUAACCCUCCAACUGCUUUUCCGCAGGUUAUCCGAUGAGGCUAGGUUGGAUGAUCUAUACAAACAGUUCAUGGUUUUCUUCAUGAGCUUUGUUGUAGAUAAGGCUUCGGUCGGCCUGUCCAGCGAGGCAAUCUACUGCAUGAAUGCUAAGAUUGUUCGUCGACUGUUAAAACUCAACUUGUCAGGAGAGCCGCCCUGGUUUUCUCCCGUUCGAGAUAUCUUGAAGCGGUCUUAUGAGCAAAUCCAAGGCAGAUGGACAGAGAUCAGGAGGAAGAACUCUCGUAGCAUCGACACAUCUUCCCUUUCGACAUUAGACUUUCGUCAUGACAUCCAGUGUGCGAUCCCUGAUCUUGAUCUGUACCUGAAAGGAAUCGGGCGACGAGGCCAUGAUGAUACACUGAGAGAAAUGUUCAAUCCAGCAUCUCAGCUUCCCAAAUAUAAAUGCAACAAACUGCCAGAUUGUUUGGAAUUUCCCGAGGGCGACUAUCAGCGAUACAACCUUGCCGCCUUCGAGGAUUGGGUCGCUGUUCAUCUCAAUGGAUGGAUAGAGGAUCAUAUGAGAGACCAGGCAUCCUGCAGUCAGCUGGGCCGGUUGAUGAUGCGAUAUCAUGAAGCGGCAUCCUCGUCAUACGUUCAAAAUCCUGAAGCUAUAUCAGUCAUGCUUCUUACUCUUCUCGAGCUGUGGAUUGCAUGCGACAAAUCCGCCAUCCAAUGUCAUCAUGAGUUGGGGAAGUACGACGCUUGCAUACCUGUGGAUUGUUUUCAAUCACUUUUGCUACCAUUCAAAUCACAGAUGACGAGGCUAGCUCAGGCAGAAUCAUAUCUGAGUCAACGACAACGCAAUCAUAGAUAUCAUGGGUCCGGAAUCUUUCACGACUACGGUACUCGGAACUGCUUUUCCGUCCGGUAUUUUGACCAGUCUGACGAACACCAAAGACUACUUAAAACCAUUGAAGAUCACGCAACCCAGAAGAGAACAGAGAAAAAGGCGGAGCUGCAAGAGAAACAGCAAAAGUACAGGCAUCUCAUGAACUUGGCGUCUCAAACAGUGUGCCAGCAAGAGGAAGUGAUUCUGGAUGCGAGAUCCGGAUUCCGAGAGUCUCGUCAUAGCCAUUCCUGUCCUUGUCGUCGAUACAAAAGGGAGGCAAAAUCAAUUGAAAUCAGUGUUCACGAGUGGCCAUUGCCGACUGUCCAGCGACAAGCCAAGUCCACUGUGUUCGAACUCCAGGUACCCAAGCCAUUUGGGAGCUGGCGAGACACAACUUUGUUUUUUCUGUACAACUGUCUGGGGGUUCAAUAUGUGAAAACAUCGAGUCCACGAGCAGAGCAUCGCCUGCAGACAUAUUCAGGCCUCUCAUCAUUCUUCAAGUCCCAUGGCCAGCAUUCGCGAAUUGGUCUUCUCUCGCAGAACAAGCCCCACAAACGAACUCACCGGCGGGACAGGUUGAUAGUCAAUGUGACCGAGACAGACAUUUGUCUAAAUAAUGGUCUAAGCUUUCAAUACUAUGAUGAUACCGUUCAAUGCUAUGUGAGCGCGUUUGAAAGGACCCUUCGAACCGCAAGGUCCUGCGUGUAUACCCUCCCGCAACAAAGCUCCGCGCUUCAGCAAUUCAUCUUCCGACCUGCCCAAGAGCCACAUGGCCCUGCACCAAAUGAAGUGAUAGCAACACAAUCUGCUGCGCCUGCAAACAUUUCGAUGGAAGAAUACAAAGCACUUGCAUCAAUGCCCCUUGGGCUGGAGAUACAGUGGCAAAAUAUUCUCGUGGAGUUAGCUGCGCCAUCAGUGGAUAUAAAGAAGGUCGAAACAGCAAUCUUCGUCUUCCAAAUAAUCAACCAAACAGGCCCGUCGGAGCCGACGACGUGCUUACGACAAGGCCAUGCGAUCCUGGGCGACCGGGCGUUUGUGGUUGCAAUGCUGUCUCGUGUCAAGGAAGUGACCGAAAGAAUCAAGGAGAACUGGGAAAUGAUCCAUGCGCUGAAUAUUCUUGCUCGACUUGUUCUGAGGAUUCUAUCCCUGUCGCCUGUGCAAGAAAUCCAUGAUGUCUGCCUUCAUUGCCUGACAACAGUACGCCAGGUGGCUUUUCAUUGGGUCAAUACCGUUAGAAGAAAGGCGAGUGAGACGGUCGACGACGCACAAAAGACCAGACUGAUUGAGAGAAGUGUGCACAUUGCAUUGAUUUGUGUGGAGACCUUCGACGCAGAGGACCUUGCCCAAGUGUUUGCAACUUCAUCGGAUAUUUCGGUCUUUCUUCAGUGCGGUACGGUUAUCUGGAAUGGGCGGCGCUCUGUUUCCACCGAAGUAGGCUCAUUGGUUCCUAUUCUUUACUACCGAUGGCAAGUUCUGAGUUAUCGAAGCCACUCAUUCCUAGGGGAGCUUAUUGUUCGACAUAAGAAUCCAGGGAUGGACUUGACGAUCCACGAAGCGUGGGCCGCAUACAGCGAGGUAUCAGUGUGGUCAGAAGAGCCCAAUGUGAGGUAUUGGCUAUUCACAAAACUCGACAGUCAGUCGACAGCUGGUGCACAUACGUUCGUGCAUUACAAUCUGUUGACCGGAGAAUUGCUCGUGAACGGACUCCCACUCACACGCCUGCCUUCGGAAUAUGAAUCCUACGGAGCAUACCGAAGACUCUUUGGGAAAUCACAACUAGAUGUGAUGCCGAGCAGCUCACCUGGGAUGCAAUUUUCAUGUCAAACCAAAUAUCGGGAUCACACAGUGCACCUGGGGAAAGGGAUUGUUCCUGGGUCCAAGGAGUACGACUUGUCGGUCCAGGCGGUGAGAGACGGUCGAGUAUGGGAAUACGUCCCGAGCAGGCUUCUGGCUAGGAUUUUCCCAGACGCCUUUGUUACAAGUUAUGUACACUGGUACGAUGUGGAGGGUGACUAUGUGGAGUUCAGGUCCGCCGAAAAGCCUUGGUCUUCGGACGGUCAACAUUGGCGAUUAACGAGAGCCAACUCUCACAUUGGCUGGCGCCUUGAGAAAAAUGGAAUUUUCUUACUCAGUGCCGCUAGCCAGACGGCGAGCGUGAUAUCCAACAUCUUCCAGCCAGUCGAAAAACCUCUGAAAAUCCAUUUGAUGCUCCAUGAUGCCUCGUCGGUCCUGUGGAUCAAGUUACCGCGCCUGUGUUUAGAAUUCUCUCUCCAACCUCGGUCCUCUUCAAUCCGAUCUCGGCAAUAUCUCGGUAUGUCAGUUGACAAUGAUCAGUCGCUUGAUUCAUUGAUCGGCCAAAGCAGUAAGAUCAUUCUGGCAGAUCUCACCUCGUGCAACCGCCUAGUUCUCAUACCUGAAGGGCGAGUCUCUUAUGCAAAAGCCCAGGACCAUGUUUGCGUGGAGGUCGAUUGGCAAUCCAAGACUACACUCCACGCAUACCCGAUCGACGAGCAACUGGGUCGGCUUGCAGACAAUGGUACAUUGCAGAGCAAGCUGUUUCUGUGCUACUUGCACGCUCUCACAUCAUCUUGUUUGCCCGAUCCGCUCACCAAGAAAACCGGGACCGAGCAGGCGCUCUUCAUUCUCCGCUCUGCGUCUGUCAGGUCGUUUGAUCGACUUCAGCCCGAACAGAUAGCGCUCUUGUCAAAUAUCGCGUCCCUUUCUCCUGCAAGAGCGUAUUAUCCUGCGAAUGAACGAGUGAUGCAGAGCGUUUGUUGGCGGGAUGGUCUCGGCAGCCUGUCCCAGCACCAGGGCUUUCGAGAAGAGGUCAAUGCCAUUUUUGAUCAAGAUCGCCGUACAAGCUUUUUCUACCCAGGUGCCAAGCUUGAUUAUCCCCCACUCCCGCACGUGGAGCCGGAGCUCCUGUUGCGCGAUCGAAUCCGCACAUCAUCAUUCCGGGUCUCCGGUUUCGGUGCCGAAGAUCACACGGACAAGUAUGAUCAUCUUUACGAAGGCCUCGAUGCCAGUCGCAUCACUCCUGCUGGCAUUCGCAGCUUCGCAAUAUGCAAGAUGCUCUACGACGGGAUCCCACGAAUCCAGUCACAGGUCGCAGAAAAACUGACCUCUCAACUCUGGCGGGUUCUCUCGUCUCCUAGCAGAGUGUACGGUCCGAGUACUCACCUUGAUAUAAAAAGGCUACGAUACGAUUCCGAAUGGAUUAUGGGCUCAACGGAGUUCAUUGCCAGUUACUGGUGCUGCAUACACCAGCUUGUGUGCUCCCGCCGCGACGGUCUCAAUAAAUUCCAACUUAUGGCCUGGCUCUCAACUAUCGCUUUUUCAGGCAAAACCGAAAUGGUGGUGCUGGAAAUCAUUGCUUUUCUCUUUCUUGUGCCAGAAGCCGCUUUCAUCUCUCCGCCCGCGCGUGAGCUUUUUUUGCCAUCAGAGGGGUAUGAGAUGGAUGGAAAAGAGGCUCUCAGCUGGAUCAAAAAAGCAGAGUUUGAUUACACUCCGGAAUCGAACCUUGUUCCCGUAACGAAUGAGACAUAUCCAGACUUCACCCUCCGUCGAAAAACGCUUCGGCAAAAGAAUCGGUCACUGGUCUGCGAAAGGAUAUUACUUCAUUUCGCCAGCGAAUGGCCCACCAGAUCACCCUCAUACCCCACCGCCCAAGGGUCUCCGAGAAUUUGUGACUACUUGGAUUUGCGUCAAACCUGGAGUCAAUUUUCGAUGGGUUUUAAUACCUGGAUGGAUAAUGAAGAGUUGAGACAAUGGAUUACCGGACUCACAACUUUGUUCUGCAAUCAGCGAAGUCAGGAUGUCAAAUUCCCCCGUAUCAUCCGCCUUCUGAUGCACUCCAUACAAAUUCCCAUUGCGGACUUACAGAGCUUUCAUCUCACAUCUUCACUCAUGGCCGAAUGCCCUCCUGACUUAGCUAAACUGGUCGACUCUUUAUCCAUGAUAGCGACGUCCAAAUAUGAAAAAUGGUACGUUGCGCAACUUCAGAGUAGUGUCGCCUCCAUGAAAGGUGUGCAACAAAGUGGCCGAUUGGAAUUGAGCCCCGACGCGUGCAAAAAGGUGAUUUUGGAGUAUCUUGUCUCAUGCGAGGACUAUGCCUACCGGAUUCAUUCUUCUCUCAUGUCUCAACUAACCCUUUCCGCUCGAUGGACUCAUUCGGCGGACUCGAGGGAUCUGUUUCGUGCGCAGGUGGUCGCCUUAGCUUUCGAACUUCAACAAUGCCCCAGAUUGUCCCCUCUCCUCCUACUAGCACAGCUAUCACGUCACCGAUGGAAAUGCUUGGACGCUGGUUGGAAAAGAUGUUUCGUUCGUUACGGAUGUUCUAUUACAACGCUUCAGCGGGCAAGUCGCCUCGCUAGAACUAUCGACACACGGGAUGAAUUUCUGAAGGAGCUUCAAUCAUCAGGUCAUACCAACUGGGACCCUUACGAAUUUCCAGAGACUCUGUUAAUGGAGAUUGAGAACGGAAUUCUCGUUCGGGACGUCCAGGAAAGUAUUGCACGAAGGAUGAGAAAUUUCCCCCGGGGAGAGAACGCGGUCAUGCAGUUGAAUAUGGGUGAAGGCAAAUCCUCGGUAGUCGUUCCUAUCGUGGUGACGGCCUAUGCGAAUGGGUCGAAUCUGGCACGGGUGCUUGUGGCUAAACCACAAUCACGACAGAUGUUUCAAAUGUUAGUCGCAAAGCUAGGCGGCCUCUUGGGUCGGCGUGUCUAUCACAUGCCCGUUUCGCGCUCGUUGAAGUUGGGCGAAGCCCAAGCAGAUGAGAUUCAGCGCAUGUGCGCUGAGUGUAUAUCCCUCGGCGGGGUGUUACUUGUUCAGCCCGAACACAUUCUCUCCCUGAAGCUGAUGUGCCUUGAGUGUUUUAUUGUUGGCAAAACCGCCGUAGGCCGUUCUCUUUUUCAAAUCCUGCAACUUUUCCACGAAUCUUCGCGUGACAUCGUGGACGAGAGUGAUGAGAAUUUCAACGUCAAGUUCGAGCUGAUCUACACCAUGGGCGCUCAACGCCCGGUUGAACUGGGCCCGCAACGAUGGAUGGUGAUCCAAGAGGCUCUGCAUUUGGUGAGGCGAUAUGCUACGCAUGUGAAGGCUCAGUUCCCUCAUUCUAUUGAAGUCAGUGAACACCGGCGUGGUGAAUUUCCAAGAAUACGUUUGCUCGAUCGCGAUGCUGAAGAGGCUCUCCUCGCAUACGUCGGGACGUAUAUAUGUGAAAAUGGAAUAGGUUCCCUGCCGAUCUCGAGGCAGACUAAUCCUGUGAGAGAGGCCAUUCUAACCUACAUCAUGAAGGCUGUUCCUGCGGACCAUGAGGUCGCAGCCGUGGAGCGUGAGGAUCCAACCGGCAUUUGGGGGAGACGAUGGCGGGUAGACUAUGGGCCUGAUUCGAAUCGAGAUCCGCCGACAAGGCUUUCAGUACCGUACCGGGCCAAAGACAGCCCUUCUCUUCGCUCGGAAUUCAGUCACCCGGACGUCGUCAUCCUGUUGACGUGCCUGAACUACUACUAUUCUGGGCUCCAGGAUGAUGAUAUAUUCCUUGCAUUCGCUCACCUGGUCAAUUCAGAUCAGGCUGAUGCGGAGUACCAGAUUUGGGUGAACGAUGCACCGAUGCUUUCACCUGCUUACCACCAGUUGGUGGGCGUGAACUUGGACGAUCGACAUCAUUGUGCUGAGCACAUAUUUCCUGCCCUUCGCUUUGCAAAAGCCGCGGUGGACUACUUUUUGUCGCACAUUGUUUUCCCGAAAGAGAUGAAAGAAUUUCCCGACAAGCUAUCCGCCUCUGGCUGGGAUAUUGGGGAAAUCAAGUCAAACCCCACUAUUGGAUUCAGCGGAACGAAUGACUCGCGACAAACUCUGCCACUGGGGGUCACUCAACUCGAUUUACCUGAACAAAACCACACGAAUGCUUUAGUACUGGAUUUUUUGUUACGACAAGAGAAUUCUGUGGCUUUCAUUCCCCAGCCAAGUGGCCCCAGAUCAGAUGCUCAUGUCCUGUUGGACUUAGUGCUGAACUUGCAUCCACCGGCUCAGGUUAUACUUGACGUGGGUGCACAGAUUUUGGAGCUCAGUAACCAUGACAUGGCAAAGGCCUGGUUGAGCCGGACUCCGGUAGAAGGGCCAAUCCAGGCUGUCGUGUUUGUGAACGACCAAGAUGAUAUCUGCGUCCUUGAUCGAAACGGUCGAGUGGAAUCCCUCCAAAUCUCUCCCUUUGCACGGCAAAUGGGAGCAUGUUUGGUGUUCCUGGACGAGGCCCACACCAGAGGAAUCGAUCUCAAGCUUCCGGUCCACUACCGUGCGGCGGUCACAUUGGGCCCGGGCAUCACAAAGGAUAAGUUGGUUCAAGCGUGCAUGAGAAUGCGACAGUUAGGCAACGGACAGUCCGUCGUCUUUUGCAUCCCAAAUGAGGUCGACCGUAGUAUCCGGGUCUUGCGUGGCAAGCAUGAAGGAUCGCCCAUCAGUGUUUCAGAUGUCCUUAUCUGGUCCAUUUCUGAAACUUGGGCGAACAUGAGGCGCAGUGUUCCUCUUUGGGCUGUUCAGGGUACUCGUUUUGAGCGCCAACAAGAACUAUGGCGAUCUCCUCAUCACAGGGACGCCGCCGAAAUGACGUCGAUCCAAGCACAAAGGUUCCUUGAUCCCGAAUGCCAGACUAUAGAGCAACGAUAUCGACCUGGUCAUCAAGAGAGGUUGCCAUCCCACUCCCCUCACGAUACAAAUCUGAAUUUGAAUUUGAUAUGGGAGCGCUGUCAAAAGUUCGAAUGUCUCGAUACUGGAUCAUCCACCCUACAAGAAGAACAGGAGCGCGAGCUCGCUCCAGAGAUUGAAAUCGAGCGUCAGGUCCAGAGACCUCCACCAGCGUCACCCGAAGCACACCGAAUCCAUCCACAUAUAUCUUCUUUCAUAGCCACGGGCGUGCUUUCAAGACCUUCCGAAGCCUAUCAGCCGGCAUUUUACUCACUACGGAGAACCUCCGCGGCCUCCUUUCUUGACCUCUCUCAAUUUCCCUCCAGUCUUCUGGCCACGAGGGACUUUUCCACGACUAUCAAAAUCCCGGUUGGGUCAACGUUUGUUGCCGACGCGUUCCAACGACCUGUCAGGUGGAUUCUGAGAAGUAAUCAUCGUGUCUCUCGGGAUAGAACGAUUGCGAUGCAAAUGAUGAUCAUCAGUCCCUAUGAAGCCAAUUUUUUGAUGCCCGAGAUACGGAAAUCAGAUCAUGUUUCGCUUCAUCUCUAUGCACCACGCCAAAAUCAAAGCUUUCUUCCAUUGGAUAGACUCACGUUAUACACUGUCCCUCAAAACGCUGACGAGAUCGAAGCUCCUGAUUUACUUCGCAUCCAGCUCAACCUCUUCUCUGGACAACUGUAUCUUGGUUCCCACUCCGAGUACAAGGACCUCUGUGAGUUUCUAGGGGUGGCAUAUUUCAAAACACCACCGGGGUUGGUGGUUGCCGCGGAUGGUUUCAUCCAAGGCGGCAAUCAAGGGCGGGGACAAGGUUUCAGUGAAAGCCCGAUCCAGUUCCUCAAAAUUUUGACGUCGCAGAUCAGAAAGGAUUGCCAGGAUAUUGGACGAACACAUAUCGGCCACAUUCUCAAUGGCCGAUUGUUGUUUCCAUCUGACUUCAUCGAAUCAGCGAGAUCGUCCGUCGAGGCCAAUUUUCACAAACUGACCAUUUAA